AGGUAAACAACUACUGGUAUAACAUGGCAUCUGGAGAGGGACCCCUUCAUAUUGUAACACCAACUAUAUAUAGUAUGCCUUUAAGUAAACUAACUGGCUAUGAUGUAUACCUGAAACUAGAAAAUCUCCAGAUACCAGGAUCAUUCAAAAUCAGAGGCAUUGGAAACCUAAUUAAAAAGGCAUCACAGCAUGGUUGUAAGAAGAUAGUUUGUUCAUCAGGCGCAAAUGUUGUCUUGGCAGCAGCAUAUGCAGCUAAAACACUUGGUAUUCCUGCAACAAUUGUGCUGCCCCAGAGUACCCCAGGAUUUGUAAUAGAUAAACUCAGAAAUGAGUAUGGAGCAGAGGUGUUGCUUCAUGGCAAAGUAUUGGAUGACAGUCAUAACUUUGCAGCCGAGAUGGCGAAAGAUUCAGAUUGUUUGUUUGUACAUCCAUAUGACCAUCCAGAUAUAUGGGAAGGACAUUCAAGCAUGAUUGAGGAAGCUGCCCAGCAGAUGCCAUGUAAACCAGAUGUUAUUAUUGUAUCUGUCGGAGGGGGAGGACUACUCAACGGUGUUAUGAUGGGCAUGAAAAAAGUUGGCUGGAGUGAUGUCACCUGUAUUGCUAUGGAAACUAUCGGAGCAGAUUGUCUGAAUGUAUCACUUAAAGCUGGCAAAAUUGUUACUUUACCAGAUAUAACUAGUAUAGCUUGUCUUGGAGCACUAUCCCCAUCUGCAAAAACUUUUGAACUUGCACAAUCUUAUGAGAAGUUUCAUUCUGCUGUUGUUGAAGAUAAAGAAGCAGUUUCAGCCUGUGUUAGAUUUGCAGAUGAUCACAAAAUGUUGGUAGAGCCAGCAUGUGGGGCCAGUUUAGCUGCAAUGUAUGAAACAAUUAUACAGGACUUACAGUCUAGCGGGAAACUAGGAGACGUAAAGUCAGCUUUAGUUAUUGUAUGUGGAGCGGGUUCUGCUACUCUUGAACAGCUGCAGGCUUGGAGAGAUAUGUUUAACUUGUGAGAAAAAUAAAAAUGUAAAUAUGGCAUAUUUUGGUGCAAUAUAACUCUCCUUCAUUAAAAAAAACGCAAACAAUCCCAAGAAACAAACAAUUAUUAUAAUGCAUUUAAAAGCUGCUUCCCAUAAAAAACAGAGGAUGCUGAAAAUAUACAUUUUAGCUUAAAUAUUAUCAUAAUAAUAUUGGUGUUGGAUUAUACAGGGUCCUUCAUAUUUUCAUGAAUAAGUAACCAUUGUCAUGUUGUUAUUAUUGAUAUAUUUUUUUCUCUUAACGCAUGCAUUUGGACUUAGUAAGAACCAAUGUUUAGUAUACUUUAUAUGUUUCAGUGUUGCUCAUGUUAUUGACUGUCGCCAUUACUGCUUAUAAUUAAGACUUAAAUUACACAUAGAAAGUUAUUAAUUAUAAUCGAAUAAUACAGAAAAAACUGAUUGAAAAGUUUAUAAAUUUCUUUUAUCUUGCGAUACUUCCAUGUUAUCUAUCUUAACAUUCCUUACGUUAAAAUACUCGUACGGUCACAUUCUAUAUUUAGUAUAGAUAAAUCGGGAAGAUGUUACAGUAUUGCUUUUAUUGACGUUCUAUAAUUAGUAAAGGUACAUGGGGGAGAUUUAUUGCUUUUAUUGACGUUCUUAAUUUAGUAUAGGUAAAUGAGAGAAGAUUUAUUGCUUUUAUUGACAUUCUAUAUUUAGUAUAUCUAAAUGGGGAAAUUUCAUUGCUUUUAUUGACGAUCUGUAUUUAGUAUAAGUGAAUCGGGGUGGAUUUAAUAUUGCUUUUAUUGACGUUCUAUAUUAAGUAUAGUUAUUGGAAAGUUUUAUUGACGUUUCGUUUUUAGUAUAAGUAAAAAGCGAUCAUUUAUUGCUUUUAUUGAUAUCAUAGCAGUAAUUGCUAUUUAAAACUAGUGUUUUUUUACUUAUUUGCUGUCAAUAUUUUUUUCGAAAUAAAACAUAUCAAGAC